AUGACGCGAUGCAUGGUGGUCAAACGUCGGUAUCGUCGCCUACCUGCUGAAUUUCAGGACCUACAAGCCAAGUCGCUCGACCAUGAGGCAGCCCAACUGCACCGUCGCUCCAUCUACAACUGGGACCCAGCCAUCUUCAACCUGCUGCCCGUGGAGUACAUUGCUCUGCGCCGCCGCCUCCGGCCUCACCCCGAACUCUACGCCGACCUGACCCUCGCCCGCCAACGCAUGCAUCAGCACCGGUCUGCCCAGCGACGCCGUCGCCACCUUCGCCGCCUGCGCCACCCCCGCCUGCUCCGCCGCUAG